AUGACAGAAUAACUAAACGUGCUUGCUAACUGUCUGCCGAGCCGAGCCGAGCUGCAACAAACACGCUCGUUAUGUCUCGCAAUCAAAGCACAACACGUGGGUUCGCAAAAAUGAGCGCGUUGAAUAUUUUGGACUUAAACGAUGAUUGCCUUGGUUAUUUGCUAAAUUAUCUGACGGCUGAGGAUCAAAUCAGUUUUGCCCAAGUCUGUUGUCGAUUUCGUGCGGUGGCUAUAGCGUGGGCCGGGAAGCAAUUUCGCCAGUUUACGCUAGACGAAAACAGCUCAAGACAAGAGCUGAUCGGAUUCUGCAUUUGCCGUGAAUCAGUCGAGGGUCUAACCAUCGAUUUGGAGUACUUUGAUACUUCGCGAUCAUUUCGCAAUUUUGGAUGUGUAGCGCCCAUCAAUUGUUUUAGCAUACUUUGCCUAACUUUAACCGGAAUGGUCAGCUUGAAGCGUUUAAUUGUUAAAAAGUCAAAAGAGAAGAGCUUCAUUCCAAUUGAAAAGCCCUUUGAGAAAAUUUUAACUGCCGUUAGGGGCUUAAAUGAGCUCAAAGUUUUAGAAUUGCAUGCGAGAGAUGAAUUUACCUAUGAUAAUGUAAUCCAGCUCAAACAUCUUGAGGAGCUACAUCUGCACAUAGCACAAAUAAACGCUCCAGUUCUCGCUAAGUGCUGCAAAUCGAAUCUCAGUCUACGCCAUCUAUACCUCGGCUAUAACAGCGUCCAGCGUAAUCUGUCCGAUAUAGUCCCAUAUUGUGCCAAUCUGGAAACGCUUCAAUUUGGCAUGAUGGCGGAGCCAUCCGCUUACAAGCCACUAGCUAAGCUGCCUAAGCUGAGGCAGCUUAUACACUUUGGAGUUCGGCGCAGCGGCUCCUUUGUGCCGCUACUUACCGAUUUGGCUGCGCGGCGGCAACAGCUACAACGUCUGGAGAUCGAUGGAGGCACCCUCAGCAUAGAGGAGACACUGCAAAUUGUCCGACAGUCCGGCCUGCGGCAGCUGAAGUGCUUCUGCUCGACAGCAGAAAGUGUGGAGAUGCUGUCGCAGUUGACGCAGCUGCAGGAGCUGAGCAUUUGGAUGUCUAGCAGAACAGAAAUUUCAGCUGCUCUGCUAAAAGUUAUAGGGGAAUGCAAGCAUUUGCAGCUCUUGUGCAUUGCUUCGGGAAACGUAAGCCCUGAUUUUAUUGAGGACGUCACAAAAUUGCUGUUUGAGAACAGAACGGAACCGAAUCAAACGCCGCUAAAGCUAGAACUUCCCUUUACGGAUUGUACGAGCCGUAAUAAGGAACUAUCUCAACGCAACAAAGUUCUAAGCUGCUCAGCAUUUGAAAUUGAUUCUUGGAAAUGUUGAAAUAUUAGUUUUGCGAAUUGAUGUGGCAUUUAUUAUGAGUAUCAAGUCGGGCCGGUAAAUUAGACUUGAAGAGCAUUAGAUUUUGCACAGGAAUCUAAAAUAACCACAUUUUAACAGUUAAUACUCAACUGUGAUCUAAAAAUUAUUUAAUUUUAAGAAAAGAACAAAAUGAUAAUUUUUAGCAAAUAUAACCUCAUAAUUGAACAGGAACUGUAUUGUAAAAACCUUCAUUAACUCAUUAAUAAUGUAAGAAACAGCAGAAAUAAAAUAAUAUAUUCGAUAGUAA